AGGAACUAAUCACCUACGUCAUAUCAGGCCACCAAUCAGUUGUGUAUUAAACAAAAUAUAAAUCUUGAGUUAUCUCGCUUUUUUAUCAGUCUUUGUUGGGAAAUUCUCAGACGGACUUUUGGUUAAAGAACUUCUUGACAACAUGUCGCAGGAAGCAGCUAAAGGUGAUGCACCAGGAAGACUGAGUCCGCUGAAACAGGCCGCUGCAAAAGUGCAAAAGAUUUGCGAUCAGGUAUCACUAAACUAGCAUAAUGAGGCAACUCCCUCAUGAAAUCUCAUUUCUUUCUCCGCUUAACUUCGAAAUGCCUUGUUUGGCGAUAGCGGACAACCCGCGUAACCCGAGCUGGAAAGCACACUGCGUAAGUAUUAUCGUGAGCAUCAAGUUAAUACGCGAUCUUUUAAGGCAUACGGACUGAUUUUGAAUACGAAAAAUGAUGUACUGAGUUAUUUAACCUAGAAAUAUCAGUUAUAUAUUUUCCUUGUUUCUCUGUGUCGUUUUCUUCAGUUGGUUUGAGCAAAAUACGACAGCGCGCUUGAAAAUUGCCAUCUACGAGAAAGGUGACACUCGGAGGGAAGACAGAAACAUUAUAUUUCCAGCUUGGGCUGUCUGUGCUGAGCUUUGUGAACAAACGUCAUGAACGGUUAAAUUAUUGCCAGUAUGUUUGAUGCGAUAGAAGUACAUUUGGUUGUAAUCAUGGUAACAAUUAAUGUUCCAAACCCCCGACUUUUGUGAUUAAAAAUGAAGAAAACAAGGGAAAAAAGGAGUGGAAGGCUUCCAGCCGGAAUAUUAACGUUCACUGUAUUGUUGCCAAGUAAAACCUCAAUAUAACGAAGGGCCAAAGGACAGGCAAUAUAUGUUCGCUUAGACAAGGUUUCGUUUUAUCGAGGUUCUUUUAAUUCAUAUAUUUUAUUAUUACUGGGGUAAGAACAACCGCUCGUUAUACCGAGGACUUCGAUACAUCGAGGUACCACUUUAAAUAGAUAGAUGGCACCAUCACAGCAGAGGUGGGCGAGGUAUAGUUAGGGCGCAUAUAACUGGGGUUUUACGGUAUAUAUUUCACACCUCUUUGUUAACAAGGUGAAAAAUAACUUCAAAUUGUCUCCCCAAAAGGUGAAGCCCCAAGCAGAGAAAAUGGCAGGGCAACAAUUUCCAGAAUUUAAAGCCAUAUCAUAUAAAACUCAAGUUGUAGCUGGAAUAAAUUACUUCAUUAAGGUUAGUCAAAAACGUUCCACACCUACCCCUUCCCUAAGCCAACAUUAACACUUGCUUCUCACUUAGAAGAAAGUUAAGUCAAGCGUUGUCUGUUUCCAUAAUCACUAAUAUUCUCAUAACACAGUAUUCCAGUCAAACGGUCUGCCCGGUCGAUGAGGAUCAAUAGUUUAAAAAUGAGGUUUUGUGAAGACAUUGUCAACAACAGCCCUACACUUCGCCUUCAACUUAACGCUUUCGGACGUGAGCAAUGGUGCAGGGUCACUGUGAAAGAUUUCACCCCAUAUAAGGGAAUCCGGAUUGCGGAAUCCGAUAGAUUUUUGCUCCUGGAAUCCAGAAUCCAAGCUCCAGUGACAAAGUCAGGAAUCCAGUACCUGGAAUCCGAAAUCAACGGCGUGGAAUCCAGAAUCCAAGACUGUCUUGUAUUCCCUUACAUGGGGUGGAAGAUUCUUCAGAGAAGGGUACAGCUUAG